AUGUCAAUGGCCUAUCGUCUAAUCCGACCCUUACGAAGAAUUACAACAGAAACACUUGCCUCUCCUCUCUCUUCCUUUUCUAUUUCCAAAACCCUAACUGCAAUUCAGCCACAGCUUCAACAAACAAGAAGAAGUUAUGUAUCAGAGAUGAGGAAGUCAGCAUUCGAAGGCAACAUCAUCAGACUACUGCGAAACGAGAUCCAGUACGAACUCGAUCGUUCUCCUCCCUCUCAGGAAUCCACCCGUUUGGGCGAUAGUUACCAGCCUGAAUAA